GGAAACGGGGGAGAGAGCUCCAGGCGUUCCGAUCUCCGCUGUUGGCCCAUUCAAGCUGCACCGGCAUUAACCAUUGGAGAGACAUCGCGGACCUUGAAUCAAUCCUCCCCCGCGAACGCCCAUCAAGAGGGUCGUCUUGUAUCACAACAGCUACGAACAUCAAGCGGACGCGUGCCAGGGACAGAGUCUAGCUAUUUCCGAGAAGCAGCGUGCCGACCGAGCUCGAUACUCUCUUCCCCCGAUUCAUUCAACGCACCUGAACCCAAGAACCGAGCUGCCGACGUCCAAGAGCCGACCACGCCUGCCUUCCCCCGACAUGAUGGCAUCCACCGACUCCUUCAUCCUGCACGACGACGUCUCACCUUCCUCCGAUAACGACGAGAUUGACUCCCUGCCUUCAAUAUCGAGCAGCGUGCUAGACUCUGAGGAUGAAUCAGACGCACAGGAGGAAUGGGAGCGUAGUCUGGAGCAGGUCCAGCUCCUCUUGACCAUGAUCAUUGUACCCUUUGCCGGCAAAUACUUUGGUCGCAAGUUUGCAUACUGGAGCUGGUCACGAUACAUGGAAUGGAUGCACAACGUUGAGGUGCGGUGGACAAACAAGGGCGCUUUCAAGGCCGCCGGCGCGGCUGAGGCAGCGGCAACAUUAUAAGAAGCGCAACUGGGCCUUACUAGGCUCCUUGGAAAAACGAGACUUUGGGCAUUCUACUACCAAGCCUGCAACAUCUUGCAUGGUGUUCGGCGUGUAUACAUGGUUGGCGUUGAGGGCAAGUCGUCAUAGAAGACUAGGCGGCGUAUACUGAGGCGAGGCAUCCGGCCCGGCCCAGAAAACUAGAUCUAAAUCCAAUAUUUGAACGAACGUAUCCAGCUCGAUAUCAAGGCAGCAAGGCUCUACUGGUUCACAUUCACAAUGGGCUUGGUCUCCUUCCGGCCAAUCUCGGCGGUGAACACAUAAUCCAUAUCCGAUGAUUCUGUGUA